AUGGAAGCACAAAUUUCGCAGACCGCGCUGCCACCCGAACUAUGGGACCACGUCGUCAACGAGUUAUCGGAUGACCGCCUAGCCCUCCAGGCAUGUGGCCUAACACGGCGUGUAUGGGUCGCGUCGACCCGGCGGCACCUAUUCCGAGCGAUCGAGCUGGAGGAGAGCGAGGGCUGUGAAAGAUUUAGAGACAUCCUCGUUUCAUCCUCCUCAGUCGGCACGGGCGUGGCGCGAUACGUAUACGAUGUCACGCUCAGACUCGUUCGCCUGCGUCUCGAUGUCCCUGAGGACGCAGAGGCGUCCGAUAUACCACUCCUGGAGGAGACGCUCUCGAGGCUGCCCAACGUGGAUCGUCUGCAACUGUUCGACGUGAAUGUCAAGUAUAGAUCGGACGUGCAGACCAACGAUGGGCUAGACCAGGGACACCCCGACAGGCCGCUUCGAUCGCUGCUUACCCUACCAAAGCUACGAACGCUAUGUCUCACCCUAAUACUGUUCGACUCGCCCUUCGACACAAUGUUUCUGCUCGCUGCAUUCCCGCAGGUCUCUUCGUUGCAGCUCCGAAACUUAGUGCAAAUGGGGGGAGUGCCGACACGCUGGCGACCUCAGCUACCAGGGAACAUGUGUAUUCGAGGACUGGAUGUUGCCGACGUCGACUUGACGGCGAUAGUGCCCUUCUUGAAUAUGCUGAGGCAUCCGCCAUUCAUCUGUGCUUUGCAGAAGCUCACUUGGCUUCUAUAUCCGAGGGCUGAUGAGGUGUCUCUCCUGAUGGAAAUGGUGGGAGAAGCUGAGGGCACCUUAGAGGAACUAGAGAUUCGAUGCGCCCCGAACUCCGAUUUGUUCGAGAAGAUGGAUCUGUCCCAGCACUCCCGCCUCAAAUCCCUGCGUGUCAAGUUCAGCAAAUUGACAAAUGAUGCCCCCCCACCCUUUCACCAUUCGCUACCAUCAUUUCUCUCUCGCACGUCCAACAACCUGCGAGCCCUGCACUUGUCAGUCGACUCAUCGCUAUUUCCACACGAGACCCCUCCAUGGCCAUUAGCGGGAUUGCCAAGUCUCGACGAAGCACUCACGCGCCUGCACAAAAGAAACCCGUACUUGGCUCGCCGCUAUUGGUUUCGCGGAUACCCUCCGCUUUGCGAGAAGGGCUUCGUGUCUGUGUUGUACUACGUGGCCAAAGACCGGGAGGCUCUAAUCUGCUUCUCUGUGUUGCGUCUUUCUGCGUACGACGUUCGCGGCUGA